CACUGGUUAUGGACCGGGUGGAGUAGGACCAGGUGCAGGCACUGGCUAUGGACCAGGUGGAGCUGGAACUGGCUAUGGACCCGGUGGUUAUGCAGGUGCCAAAGCUCGUAAAUAUGGUGUGCCUGGAGGAGCAGGAGGUACCCUUGGUGCUGGAGGUCUUGGGGGUGGAGUUGGGACCGGUUCCGGUGGGCUCAUACCUGGACGGGGUGUUGGAGGGACAACUGGUGGUGGACCUGGAGCGGGAGUUGGAACGGGAGGGACACCUGGUUCUGGCGUUGGAACAGGUGGUGGACCAGGUGGCUUUGGACCAGGCAGGGCUGGAGGAUAUCCUGGAGGAGCCAAGUCUCUAAAAUAUGGGUUGCCUGGUGGCGCCGCCGCCCCUGGAUCUGGAGGUCCUGCAGCAGGUGGCUAUGGCCCAGGGAGUGGCGUAGUAUUGGGGACUGGCAGAGGAUACGGACCUGGAGGAUACGGACCAGGAGCUGGAUCAGUAGCUGGAACUGGUUAUGGACCUGGGGGAGGUUAUGGCAGAGGACCAGGGACAGGAUAUGGAACAGGAGACUCUGGAACUGGCACUGGUGGUCCAGGUUAUGGUACUGCUGGAUCUAAAGCAGCUAAAUACGGGCAAGCCGGUGCAGUUGUACCUGGGGCAGGACCAGGGGCCGGCUCUGGUGUUUCAGUGAAUGGGACCCACACUCCUGGCGGAGCAGGAUCAACAACUGGGCCCAGUGGAUCAGGAGGAGGACUUGGAGUGAUAGGUGGUGCACCAACACCAGCACCAACAGGGGAUGGAGGUACUAGCAGUGUGAUGGAGGGGUCUGGAAUUCCUGGAGGAGAAGGAGGCACUGGUUUAGGUGGCAGAGCAGUGGGAGGCGAGGGUGUACUGAAUGGAACAGGAAUCCCCAUCAUGGGAGCAAAGCCAGGUUCUACAAGAGCUACCCCAAUUGAUGGUGACGCCGCACAACCAAGUGCUGGGGCAGGAGUUGGUGGAACAGGACUUCCCCCUGGAGCAGGUUCUGGUGGUAAUGUCUCAAGUGGUGCUCUGCCUGG